CUCUGCCUACUUUAACCUAACAUUUGCCUAACAUCACCCGAACAUUUACAUUUAUUUACAGAAGAUGAAAACAUGAAAACAAUUACCUAGGUAUAAGGCACAAGAAUAUUAUAUAGGUAUAUAAGUUCUUCGUAAUUUCAAAUAAAAGGUCAAUUACUGUAGAGAAAUUUCGGGAAAUUAUUCUUAGAGAGAGUGGAGAUUAUUCUUCCUAGUAAACAUUAUGGAAAAAGCAAUUGAUGAGCUACUCCAGUUUGUUCAAAUCGGUGCAAGGUUGGAUUUGAAAGGAGUUGCUGUGGACCAUGUGCUGGGAUUAACUGGGAACACAGAAGGUGUAGAGGCUGUUAUUAAUAAACCAAAACUCUUAGUAUCCCUUAUAUGUCUUCUGAAUGAUAAUACAGUGCCCAUUGCACAAGAUGCAAGCUUAUCACUUAUUAACAUCUCAGCAAAUGAAAAAGGCGCCAGUAAACUUUUAGAUCUUAAUUUAAAAGAGUCUUGUCCUCCAUUACAGAAUCCUCCCGAAGAUAUUGUAAAACAAUGUUUAAAUCAAAUAUUCGAUAGUAAUAGUAAAAUUGCUGACCAAUGUUGCAUGAUACUAUCAAAUAUAACAAGACCAAUACAUCUGCUUGAAAAAACUAUUGAUAUUUUUGAAGACAGUGGAAAAACAAUUGAGGAAUUAAUAAAUAUAUUUACAAAAAAAGAGUUUAAUAAAAAGGCAAAUCUACAUUAUUUAGGUCCAUUGUUAUCAAAUCUAUCCCAAAGUGGCAGAGUGAGAAAAUACAUUUUAGAUAAAGAAAGAUGUAUAAUCCAAAGGCUACUACCCUUUUCAGGAUAUAGGAAAUCUUUAAUUAGAAGAGGUGGAAUAAUAGGAACUUUAAAGAACUGCUGCUUUGAAACUGAUUUUCAUGAGUGGUUACUAAGCGAAGAAGUAGACAUUCUACCCAGAUUACUUCUCCCCUUAGCUGGCAAUGAAGAGUUCGACGAAGAAGAUAAUGAUAAACUACCACUGGAUUUACAGUACCUUCCCGAUGAUAAAGUGAGAGAGGAAGAUCCAGACAUAAGGUGCAUCUUACUUGAAGCCAUAACACAACUCUGUUCCAAAAGAAUAAACCGAGAAUAUAUAAGAAAUAAAAAUACUUAUGUGAUUUUACGGGAGUUGCAUAAAUGGGAGCAGGAUAAGAAGGCUUUAGUAGCGUGUGAAAAUUUAGUUGAUAUAUUAAUAAGGACUGAAGAUGAAAUAGUAGAAGACAAUUUAAAAGAAAUAAAAAUCCCAAAUCAUUUGGUCGAAACCUUUGAUAAAAUUCAGGAUGAUGUAAAUAAUUCAGAAUAAAAACCUUAGUUU